UCAUGCCCAUACAAAGUCCUUGUUUUGAUAUAUAAUAAGAAUUGAUUUUUGAAAUAUAUGUUGUUUUAAAUUAACCUUUUACAUCAGGAGUACAUGGUACUAGUGGUAUCUUCUAAAACAUUUACAGUAUGGAUGGACGGUGUAGACACCAGUAGGGAGGGUUACUGGGUGUGGAGCACGACGGGUAAACUGAUUUCCCCACUGUUCUGGGCUCCCUCACAACCAGACAACUACUAUGGUCCCCACCAGGAGAACUGCCUGAUGUACGGCGAGGAUUAUACAUGGAGAUACAACGACGCCCAGUGUGACAGACACGUGGGUGUACUCUGUCAAUACGGGUCACCACCUACGCCUCAUUUUGCAGCCUGUCCCAGUGGGACCUGGGUAGAACACCUGGACAGGAUGUACUGUAUUGUAACACGGGACAGUAACUGGUAUGAGGCAAAGGCGUUCUGUACCGGCCUUGCUGCUCAUCUACCGAUCGUAGACUCAUCUAGCGAAAAUAACUAUCUAAGAGGACUGGUAGCCCAUGGAGACGUCUGGCUUGAUGCAACGGAAGAAUGGCAUAAUGGCGAAUUCCAAUGGAGUUCUACUGGCACGGCUAUUCGAUAUACGAACUGGGUGCCAGGUGAGCCAAAUAACUACGGUAAUGUACCGGAACAGUGUGUUGAGUACGGGGAGACAUAUGGCUGGCAGUGGAACGACGCCCCGUGUAACGAACGUCGGUCAACCAUUCACAAGGUCAUAUGUGAACGGUAUAAACCUCAAACGUCAUCGACACUCAUUGGAUAAAUUCGAAUAUACAAGUGUAAUUGAUGAAAUGUAAAAUUGUUUCAGCAAGUAUCUUUAUGAAAAGUGAGAUGAGCUAGUGAUAGUGCAAUCGCCUUGUUAAUCUGAGUUUAUAACUUAUAGAGCCAAACUGGGUACAAACUUCAGAACCAUGCGCGAAUAAUCAUAUCAGUAAUGAUUCGCUAAACGAUACAAAACAAAUCCAGUUGUGUUGUAAGUAUCAAAAUACAUAUUUUAGAAGCCUAUAUCUUGUUCUGUUGACUACUGCGGAUUAAGCAUCGACGCCCGACUGU